UAAUAUUAUAAAAAAACGAAACAGUGUGCUUAGAGCAAAAAAAAUGAUCUUCAGAUAGAACUGAUCUAUGGACCGUUCUUAUUUUUUUCCUGCGUUCUGAUUGGUCAAAAAAAUUUGGAGAGAACGAAAAAUUUUCAUUUCUCUCAUUGCCUUCGAAAUCGAAUCUAGGCAAAGAACUCAUCGCAAUCCUCACACCUGUCUCGAUUUGUAUGUUCACCGUUGUUCUACUUGUCUGUAUCCUAAACUCCGACCCUUCUUCUUCCUCCUCCGCCUCUUUCUCCUCCAUAGCCACCGCUGCUUACUCGGAGAGCGAUUCGGAUUCCUCAUGGGACAAAUUCGUAGGUGCCUUUUUGAAUUCACUCGUCUUCGUCGCUGCAAUCACUGUUGCAACGUUCGUUCUCGUCCUUCUCUUUUACCUCAGAUGUGUUAAAUUCUUGAAAUUUUACAUGGGUUUCUCAGCUUUCAUCGUUUUAGGGAACUUAGGUGGAGAAAUCUUAGUUUUAUUGAUCGAUCGUUUUAGAUUCCCGAUUGAUUGCAUCACGUUUCUGAUACUUUUAUUCAAUUUCUCCGUCUUCGAUUUUGGUCACUCAAGGCUACUUGGUUUGGAUUGGUGUUUUGGUUGCUUACUUCUUCACGUUAUUGCCUGAAUGGACUACUUGGAUUCUUCUCGUAGCUUUGGCACUUUAUUCUUGUCCCCAGGUUCAUGAAAUGGCAAUGGUAUCGGCUAUACAGGAGGCUCAAAAAGAUAACGUUCGAAGCUUUAACAACUACAUGUUGAAAGUUUUGGAGGAGGACUGUAGAAAAGAAAAACGUGACUUUCUUCAUAGCCUUAGCAAAAUCUCAAUGUUACCUAAGACCAAGAUGAUCGAUUCAAGCAGAGGCACUCAUGCUGGUUCACUAAUGGCUUUGAGUCCUCAAGUAUCUUCAAAACCUGGAAUGGAACUGGUGUCUAUGACUAACAAACCCAUUCAUGAGAAAAAGUCAUAUGUCUAUGCCGAGGUUGUGAAGAAACUAAACUCUGCAAGAGAACGAGGCUUGCCAUUUAAACUGAGAAAAGUAGAAGACAAGAAGUGAUGCUGCUGCAUCAUUGAUAUCUCUUGGUCUAAUCUCAUUGAAUUGGCAAAACUAGCUUUUUGGAAUGUUCACUCUGCAACUCAAUAUGUAUCUCAAGCUUACCCUUUUUUUUUUGUCCAAGGAUCAUUGAAUUUGGUUUGUAUCUUUGUUCACAUUCAAGUUUUGGUCUAUAGUUAAUAAUAAAUUACAUCUUUGUAAAAUGUUUAACAAUAUUAUAUUAUUAUAUAUUUAUUCUAAGAACACCAAAA